AUGGCGGAAAAAUCAUCAGCUGCCAAAGUUAAGAAAAAAGAUAAAACAGUGGCAGAAUUGAUGUCGGAACUCGCUGCUUUGCUAGACAAAGAUGAGAAAGAAAAGAAAGAGAAAAAGAGAAGCAACAAGUCUGUUUUCUUCGAGCGAUGCCCGACUACAGGGGAGCGUGUUUAUUUCUCAAAACGUAGAAAACAGACGAAGUCAAGGCGAAGUUUAGCAGUGCCAUCCUCAUCUGAACUUCAAGAUCAAGGGACAACUAGCGCGGAAAAUGUUGUUGAUGAUAUUAAUACAGAACUGGAGGAGGUAUUUCACCAACAUUAUGAACCAGAUGAAGAUGACAGUAUAAAUAAUGAACUUGAUAGACUGCUUGCAGAGACAGAUAAGUUCUUAACAGAAUGGAAGUCAAAACAGCAGAGGAGGACUGUGACAUGGGGACAAAGGAUGGAGAACGUCAAUACUAAUUGGGAAUCCUGCCGUUCUUCAAUCUUUGAGACUACCUUAUCUUGUCAGGCACCAACACCUCAGAUGUGUUCGCAGUGUAAAGUGAAAUCUGGCUUUAUCAAGUGUAUGCAGUGUUGUGGAGGGGGAAGCUUGUGUGGCACUUGCGACCUAAAGCAACAUGAGAAUGAUCCUUUUCACGACAGACAGCAUGUAUCUCAAGAUGGGUUCUACCAGUAUAUUCGACCAACAGAAAGCACUGAUGAUGAUGGAAAUAUUAUAACCAUAAUCUGUUAUUUGCCAGCUAGUGAACUUUACUAA